AUGGAUUGGGGAAAAUAAAAUCUCGCAAUAAUUCUUAGUGAUGAAAUUUUUCUUUGGAACGACGGAAAUAUAGUAAAUCUUUUAAAGUCUUCCGAAAAUAAGCCUACUUCAUUAUAAUUCUUACCCUCUAAACCAAAUAUAUUAGCCAUAGGAUUUUCCGAUUCUUCUAUAUAAUUAUGGGAUACUGAAAAAGGCCAAUAAUUUAGGACAAUGAAGGGUCACUUUUCAAGAGUAGGCUCCCUUUCUUGGAAUCCAUAGACCUCUUAUAUCCUUUCGAGUGGUAGUAGGGACAGCUAAAUAAUAAACCAUGACAUAAGACAACAAAAAAUAUCAUAUCUACCCUAUAAGGACACGAAUAGGAAGUUUGUGGAUUAAAAUGGUCUCCAGAUGGUCUUAAAAUAGCCUCUGGAAGUAACGAUAACUCCCUAAGAAUCUGGGACUUACACAAAAACAUGGAAAACCUGCACCAACAUAAAGCCGCUGUAAAAGCUAUUUCGUGGUGUCCUUGGCAGAGGAAUAUUUUAGCGACUGGAGGUGGUGUAAACGAUAAAAGUAUAAAAAUCUGGAACAUAAAUAAUGGAGAAAAAACGACAUGUAUAAACUCAGUUUUUGUAGACAGCUAAGUGUGUAGUAUUUUAUGGAAUCCAAACGAUUUCGAAUUAAUCACUUCUCAUGGUUUUAAGGAAAACUAAAUUGUAUUAUGGAAUUAUAAUAAAAUAGGAGGGAGAUGAUGAUCCUUUAGAUAUAGUAGAUUUAAGUUUACCAGAUAAAAAAACUGGCGAUAUUUAUUAAGUGAAUAUUUUAGGUUGUUUCUGUCUUAUUGAUUAAGGCGAAGUUGAUUGGAAAAUAAUAACAAUAAAUAAAUAAGAAGCACUUUAAAACAAAAUUGAAAGUUUAAAAGAUAUAGAAUAUCAUUAACCUGGAAGAAUUAAAUCAAUUAAAAAUUGGUUUAAAUUUAUUAAAGUUUAUGAUGGGAAAAAACCUAAUAUUAUACAUUAUAAUGAAUAGAUUUUUGAUUAAGAUAGAGCUUUAGAGGUUAUUCAUGAAAAUCAUAUUUUUUGGAAAUAAUUAUUCGAUAAAAAUUUAAAUAAAACAACACAUUUAGGUAGGGCUUUACUUUCUAUGGUACAAUUAGGAAGUAAUGUAUCUUACGAAUAUGAAGAUUUAUUCAAUGCAAUAAAUGAUUUAAAAAACUCUUUGUAUGAAUCAAGAAAUAUCGAAAAAGAUUUAUAUGAAAAGCAAGAAAUAACACAUAAUAAUAUAAUAUAUUAAUUCUAGGCAAAGAUAUAAGAAUUAAAUGAAGAAUUAAAUAAAUUAAAUAUUACUUUAAACCACAAAUUAGAUGAAUAGGAAAACGAAAAUAAAAAUUUAGAAAAAUAAAAAAUAAUGCAUACAGACACAUUAAAUUAAAUAGAUUCUAUUAAAUUAUAAAUUGAUUAGCUUAACUAAAAAUUCAAUGAUGAUUAAAACAAUUUAUAAACUUCUAUAGAAGCUUUAGAAUAAGCAAUUGUUUUAUUAAGAUAAUCUUAAAUACAUUUAGAAAAUUCUUAAUUAUCAGGAUUAGUUUAAAUUAGAAAAUAAUAUUAAGAUUUAAGCUAAAAACUUACUUAAGUUGUUAAAAAUUUUAGUAAGGAUGUUCUUUUAAUUGCAAAACCUGCUCUUUCUGUUUUGGCUUAAUUAAAUUCUGAAACUGAAUAAUCAACUAUUUUAUUAGCUAUAUCAGUCCUUGUUGAUGUUUCUUAAUAUUUGAAUUAAGGACAUAAUUAACUUAAAGUUACCUAUUAAGAUAAAAUUUAAUUUUUAACGAAUGAAUUAACUUCUUAAUAAAAAAUUGAAGAAAAUUUAAGAACUGUUAUAAUUCCUAAUAUUGAAAUGGAAAUUAUUAGUCUUUUAGAUUUAGUUGACUCUUUAAAUGUUUAAAUUAAAGAAACUUAAAAUAAUUUAGAUGAAGAAAAUAGAUUAUGGGAUUUAAGAACAGAAAGACAUAAUAUUUUGAUUAAGAAAUUUAAUUAAGAAAUUGAAAUUGUUGAAUAAGCUAUUGAUAUUAAAAAAGAUAAGAAUAAUAGAAGUUUUCCUUGUAACAUUAAUUGUAGUAUUUACAAUUUGUUUGAUAUAGCUAUUAUUUUCUGGAUUUGUUACAUGUUAUAUAGAUCCAACAGAUCCUCUAGCAAUUUAGUAAAAGGAAGCAACACUAAAUAAGUUUGA